GUCUCCACCUAUGGAUCGCUUCCGGCCAGUGUUACUUUACGCGUUCUCUAUGCUGUGUCAUUUAUCAUUGACGGCCGUUACUGAAUCUCGAUACCACGGUAUACCACGGUAGUUAGUGACAGAUAAUAACGAAGUCACGGAUCUCGAUACGAUGCCCAUUUUCAGACGCGAGACCAUCGAAUUUUCCCGAUAAUCAAUUUUCGAGAGAGAGGAACUCGUGAUCGCGUUCGUAUCUCUCGAGUCAGUUGACCUUAUCACGCUUGCCAGAUUAGCGUCAAUCGUUUUGAUGAGUGUUGCUGCCAGUGUCAGUCAGCAGUGAACAUAUUCCGUGCAUCGUCUGGAAAAUGAUGAUCACCGCGGUCCAGGCGAAGCUCGCGUCGAUGAUCAUCAUCGGCGUUGGCAGCUUUGUCGUUGGUGUUGCACCGGUGUGUUUUGUUUCACGCGUGAGAUAUCUUCAACAGAAGCUCCUUCUCUCAUGCACACUGUGUUUUGGUGGUGGCGUUCUGUUCGCGACUUCUAUUCUGCACAUGUUACCGGAAACGCGGGAAUCUAUGUCUAAACACGCAGAACUACUUUUUUCAUGCGGAUUUCUUCUCUUGUAUCUUAUAGACGAAUGUGUCCAUUAUUUUUGGGGCAGUGAAGACCAGCAUGUUCCGCAGGAACAUCGUUACGAAAACUCGAACUGGAACAAUGGAAACCAGACGGAGCGAUGCCGGAGUCACUCGCAUCAAGUGAGCUAUGCCACAGGCACGCGGACUGUCAGAGGCGUUCCCAAUACCGACUUUAAUACGUCUUAUCAGACGAGUCUAGACGGAAACGGAAUGAUCAGCAACUGGGAACGCGAAGGUUACGGAGCGGUACAAUAUACACCGACCGCACCACGUCAUUAUAACAACGAAGAGACAUUUUUAUGCCAUGGCAAUCAUUCAGAGCCGUGCUCAGAUUCCAAUACCAACAUCAUGGGACUUUUAUUGGCGCUCACGGUCCAUGCUGUCCUCGAAGGACUGGCGGUUGGCCUGCAAAAGGCUACGUCCGAAGUAUUUUUGUUAGUUGGAGCAGUAGCUUCCCAUAAGUUCGUCGUUGGAUUCUGUUUAGGAUUAGAAUUAGCCGGAGCUAAUAGCACUCUUUUUAAGCUCAUACUAGCAAUCUUUGUAUUCUCCGCUGGAUCUGCAGUUGGUAUAGGAGUCGGAAUGUUAACAUUCAAAAUGCAGAAUAAGUGGACAGACGUAGCUGUACCGAUUCUUCAAGGUUUAGCAGGUGGAACGUUAUUAUACGUAACGGUUAGCGAAAUCUUGCCAAGAGAGAGGGCGAGAUGGCACAGAAAUCUGCGACGAUCCGCCGGCGUUUUGCAGCUCUUGUUCGUGAUUCUUGGCUUCGUCGUUAUUUACCUUUUGAAUAACUACGUUGCAACGUGAAUUUACAAUUUUAAUUUUAGCUAUUUGAUAGAAUAAAUUGUUCAACAAACGAAAUUCAACAGUAGCGUAUCAAGAACUACAAGGGAAGAAAAAUGUUACGCGAGCUUCUCUGGAAUAAAUUUACCCGAGAAGCUAUCUUUAUUCAGGUUUAAAUACAAGUUUCACGUACACGAACUAUCGUGACGAGAAAGAGAUAUAGAGAACUGGAACAAUUGAACGAGGAGAGACAAAAGAGAAAAGAUAACGCCCUUUAAAAUAUUGUAUAAAAAUAGAAUGUUGCAACGAAAUCGAUAAAAUGUUUUAAUUCUCGUUUGUUCUAUUUUUUUGCACGUUCACAGUUUGUUGUUUAAAGAGUAUAGAAUACAAGUUACAGUACCUGCAGCUUCGAUGUUUGCGAUGAAUUUAUGAAAGGAUUUCCAGAAUUAUGUAGGACAGAAUUUUUAUUUUUUAUAAAGUAAAAUUACCUGUAGUUUUAUCAAGUUGGUGUUUGCCAAAUAUUAUAGACGUGAAAUUGAAGUUCAUUCGUCAAGUUACAAAACACGAUUAUUUUUAUAUCGCGUAUUUCCUUAAUUUUCAUAAAAAUGAAUCAUCGAAAUCAACGAUAAGAAUAAUACGAAUUACUAAUUACAUCGUGUAAACAGAUAAUGAAUACGAUUAGCGGAAUAGAUUAUUAGCAUAUUCGCUCGUCAAUAAUCACCUAGUAAUUCGUUGAUGUUAACGAUUACGAUCACUAGCGUGAAUAAAAUCUACCAUUACUUUUAUUUUUAUACGUAUACUUCCGCUUUAUACAGCGAGAACGUCCGAGUAAGUGGAAGAUCGAGGGGAAAAGUAAUAAAACCUAUGUCAUGAGAUCUGCAGCUUCAGCCCAUAAUUACAUAUACACUACUGUUUAUAAAUAUCAGGACACUUACAGAAACCAAGAUAAACGCAAAAAGAGAUAUUUAUUUAGAGUUAGCUUAUAUGAAAAUCUAGUCUACGAAUCACCAAUCAUUUUUAAUCAUAUUCGCAAAACUAUAAUUUUGCGCUGAAUUUACAAAUUGUUAAUCUUCGUUUGCAUACCUACGGAAUCUCAUGUAAUUCAAUAUUUAGCGUACGGGUUAACUUACCGCAAGUUACGCCACCGAUCAACUCGGCUAUCCUCCUCUAACUAUGUAACGCGCACCCUAAUCUACGUUACAGUAAGCAUUUACCAUCGCGUUCAUUAGCGUCAAGUUGUUGUUGAUUCCUUGGUAAGAUUAGCACAAUCGAUUCGAUUAACGUCUACGACACGACGAACAACGAACAAGAUUUUACGCGAUAACAAUCGUGACAACAGCUCUGUACAUCCAGCGAAGCUUUGAACGAAUGGAAAGACGUAUCUCUGUCAUCAUCAAACGCAACGACGCGACCCGUUGAACGCGAAUUGUGAAUUAUUCGGUCUGUCACCACAGAGAUUGGGAAAGUGACGUAUCUUUAUUAGCAUCGUUGUCGUUUCCCCUUUCGUCAGAAGCCCCCAUUGACAGAAUUUGACUAAUCGUUCGUUUUCAUCUCUUCUUUUAUAACUUGAUCUGUCCCAUUUCGUAUCUUUCUUGUUCUUUUUUAAAAAUAUCGUAUUAUAUUCAUUUUUAUAUAAUUGAUUUUAUUUUAAAACACGCAGAUUGAUUUUUUAAUCCGCUUACAUUUCCUUGUUACGCUUGUUUGUUUUAAUUAAUUACUUGCAGCUGUAUGAUAAGUAUCAUCGAAGUCACAAGUUGGUUUUAUAAAUUUUCGAAAACAUUAAUCCACUUUAAAAAUUGUCUUUCGAUUGUAAUAUAACGAAUAAUCGACCGUUUAACUAUUUCUAUGAUCUCUGCGAAAUAUCUGUAUUUGCAUAAAAUACGCUGCUUGCAGCUUAUACGUAUAUACAUUUUCAGAUUGGUUUCAAACUUUACCAAUAUAAUCAUUAAUAAUCAUUACGGCGCCAAUGAAAUUUUAAAACGUAAUAUAUUCGUAAAACGCGUUUACAAAUGUUCCAGUAUUUCCCGUGAAUCGCCACAAGUAAACCGUACGUAGUGUCGUUCGAUAUCUUCGAUAACAACUUCUCUGAAGAAACGAAAGUUCAUCCAAAAUUCCCCUUAUCGAAAGUAUAAUCCGCAGGAGAAUAAAACUGUUGGAGGAAUUUUCUUGAAACUUCACGAAAUCUUUUAUGCGGCUCACGUGGAGGGAGCACGAACGUUCUAUCGACUUUAAAUUUCCUAAUAAAGGAUCGAAACGCGAGUUCUCGCGAUAGCGUGGCAAGCACGACGAUGACAGUGAACUUGAUCCGAUCUGAUAUCAUCGAGUAUCGAGAAACCGCGCUUAUCUUUCGCUAUAGUGAGCCAACUUUCUGUUUCUGCCCGUGAGAGAAAUCAAUGCAUUUUGCCAGCGAAGAAAUAAACGGAGCUCGUGCAUUGAAUAUAUUUGCGAUCGGUCGACUCCAAAAACAUCCAAGGACCAGCAAUUACAUGGAAAUGAAAUUUCGAUGUUAUCGUCGUUGGUUUUGCUGGGAUUUAGUUUGGAGUUUGAAGUGGUCGUUUCGAAGCUUUCAUCGAUCCUCGUUUGAUUCGUCUUGAACGCAUUACGGUUCGCUGUUUAUUCCCUUCGAGUUCAGCGUUCAUGAAUUUUGCAAUGAGACGCUGUGAUAGAAGAUCGAACUUGUUUUAAUAUAAAAACGCUUUUGUGAAAUUGCAUCGUUUCAUUGAAAAAGAUAGGUAUUACAAAAUUACACGGUUACUUGUUGAUCGUCAUCUAUUUCUUCUUUUUUUUACUUUUUUAUUUUUACGUAUUUUUGAAAUUUGGUAGAAGAAAAUAGUGUAAUGUCGACCAAUGUUAAUUCCAUUCCAUACAGUACAGUACAAUACGGUUGCAUAUUAUUUACUUUAUCAAUUUAAUUAAUUUUUGUACAUGAUCCGAGAUAUUAAACGUAGAACGUAAUUUUUCGGAAUAAUAUCUGAUUUUUCGGAUAAUUAAUUAUUCUAGGCCACGUAGUCAGCAUUAAAGCUAGACACUCGCAACAAGAAAUAUAAGAGGAAUUGCAGGAUUAACAGGAAAAAGUUCGUGAUAUUUCCGAUUUAUUUAUGAGAGGCUUCGAUUAUGAGAUAUAUUUUUAAUAAACAUUUACCGACUUUCCUUUCAUCAGUUCGUGUACAUCGCAAAAAAAAGCAGAUAUUUAUCGAUGCUAAUAUGGAUGAGAUUAACGUGUACUCUGGUAAAUAUUGACCAGCAUGAAAUACACCGUCCAAUGUGCAAAUUCCAAAUCGGUUUACCCCGUUUCAACUGCGACGUAUAAUUUUCAACGAAUCAUUAAUAAAUACCCAUACACGUUAAAAAUACAUCCCUAAAUACGUUUAUCAAAGAGUAGAGAUUAUUAAAGAGUGGUUAAUUCAAAUUGAAAUGGCGAAUAUUUUGUUUAAAAAAAAUCGAAAUGUAGCGGAAAAAUCGGAGAUGGUAGAAAGUAUAUUCGUUUGUUUCGUUGAAGGAAAUUCGUUCCCGUUAUUAGCUCCUCGAUCGAGAACAUAUUUUACGACAAAUAGAAAACGUAGUGCUCUCGUUCUACUCUCUUUCCACUUUUCUUUCCUCCCUUCUUUUUUCCUUCCUCGAUCGAGGCAAUUUCUUGGCCACCGAACGCGUAAAAGAAUUCCACAGACUUCUUCCGGUAAUAAACCAACUAAUAGAAAACUUCAUUCCACCAAGGUAGAACGAUCGGUGCGAUUUAAAAUUAGCCGGUCGCUUUUAACUGGAACAAGAUAAAUCCCUUCCCGGGGCGGAAGUAACGAACGCGAUUACGAGAGGGAAGAUAAAACGAACCACUUAGGACACGAAUGUAUUCCAAGAAAGUGCUGGAUUCAAGUAACUCGCUAAUGGAUUAAAUUCUCCGGCGUAAUUUCACGUUCUAAACAAUCGAUGCGCGGGGAAAGAUCCCGUCAUGGGAAACAGGCCGGCGAGACAGGAAAAGAAAACGUUCAAACCGACUUUAUAAUCGCGCUGCAAUUACCGUCAGGCAGUGGACUCACGAAUUUUUCGUGAAAGAACAGCCCGCCUCCAUUUCGUAAAUUGCACGACGAAUGGAGAAUUUCGUGCUUGAAACGCCGACGGAUAAUUAAGACUUGUUUUUAACUGUUAACAGUACAGAAUAAAAAGUUCUAAAAAAAAAAAAGAGAGAGAGAAAAAGGAAAUAAAAAAAGAAAAA